AUGGCUUCAGAUUAUGCCGAUUACCGGGAUCCGAAUCGACCUGUGCAACGCAAAGGGAUGCUGAUGAAUUUUCGCACGAAAGGGUAUGUGGAAAUUCGUCCACAAGAUGUCUAUGGAAAGUGUCGUUACGUAUCAUCCUUCCAGAAAUUGAAUCGUGUCGGGGAAGGCACAUACGGAAUUGUGUUUCGGGCUCGUGAUACCAACACAAAUGAAAUUGUAGCCCUCAAGAAGGUUCGCAUCGAUCAGGACAUAUUCAAGGAUGGAUUCCCAAUCAGCGGUUUGCGCGAGAUACAGAUUCUCAAAAAUUGUAACCAUGAUAACAUCGUCCGUCUAAAGGAGGUUGUGGUGGGCAACAGUCUCGAAAGCAUUUUCCUCGUAAUGGAGUUUUGUGAGCAGGAUCUUGCCUCUCUGCUCGAUAACAUGGAAACACCGUUCACGGAAUCGCAGGUCAAAUGCAUCAUCAUACAGCUGCUGAAAGGUUUAAAGUAUCUGCACUCGAAGUACAUCAUACACCGAGAUCUGAAGGUAUCAAACCUGUUGCUUACGGAUACGGGUUGCCUGAAGAUAGCCGAUUUCGGUUUGGCACGCUAUGUAAAUGACUCCACCAAACCGAUGACACCAGGGCUGGUGACACUCUGGUACCGACCACCGGAACUGCUUUUUGGUGCCAAAACACAAACCACCGCUGUAGAUAUGUGGGCAACGGGAUGUAUUUUAGGUGAACUGUUGAUUCACAAACCGCUCCUUCCUGGGACGAGUGAAAUUUCCCAAAUUGAACACAUCAUUAAUCUGCUCGGCACACCGACGGUGGCUAUUUGGCCCGAGUUCGAUAGUUUGCCGCUGGUACAAAACUUCACGCUCAGAGAGCAACCGUACAACAAUCUGAAAAGCAGAUUUCCCUUUCUUUCGGCGAGUGGGUACGAGCUGCUUAACAAUUUGUUCAUGUACAAUCCGGCCUGUCGGGCAUCGGCAAGGCAUUGUCUUCUAAGCACAUAUCUGGUGGAACCACCGCUUCCGUGUGAUCCCAACCUGAUGCCAACGUUUCCUCAUCAUCGGGAUAUGAAGAAAACCACUCCAAACAAACCGGAAGAACCGCGCAAACGCACCAGUGCCCUUUCGAACAACAAGGCCCCUUUCGACGGAAGCCAACCACCAACUAUUUCGGACUUGCUAGGCUCUCUGAUUAAGAAACGACGCUUCGACUAGUGUGAAUGAGAAUACAUUUUACAAACAAAUG